AAUGAUGGAAUACCUUGUAUGCAACAUAUGCAAACUGCCAUUUAAAAGUCCCAGAAAGUUACCAUGCGGGCAUAGUUUUUGCUCGGACUGUCUGCAGUGGACUCUAAGGAAAGGUUCUUUAAAGGUUCAAAAUGAUGGAACCUUCUGUUUCUUUUGUAAAACUUGUGGCCAGCUGUGCGAGACGAACAUCAAGCAUGGAGUGAAAGAAUUCAAACGUCAAACAUUUUACGAUAGCUUGAUGGCCGUUCUACUUUUCAAGGCAUCUUUUAUCUGUAGUCACUGCUCAAAAAUAUCCGACUCUAAGUCGAAAUGGCUGAAAAGCAAGAUAUCUGAUGGGACUGAAUGCUGUUUGUCGUGCCAAAUGUUUCUCUGCGAACGAUGCGUUGGCAUCCAUAAAAAAAAUAACGGUGCUCAGGAGCAUGAAAUUUUCAAAAUAGCGAACCUGCGAAAAGAAGUGUUCCUCUUAUCCCAUAAAAACGACAAUCUUCAAAAGCAAACAAUCAUUUUACAAUUUGUAACCAUCAAAAACGUUUCAACUCUAUGCUAUUCCUUGCAAACCACUUUUGCACCUAAGUUCAUAACCGCAGAUAUCAAGAACGAUAAAGUUAUCCUUAUCAACGAGGGUGGUCUAGCAAAAAUAUUCUCUUUUGACGGUCACAUCAGAAAUGAAAUCGACUUUAAAAAAUCUCUCAGAAUUUUUAGAGAACACCAGAACAAUAAACUCUGCUGCCACAACUUCGAGCCGACAAGUUACUCCAUUACAAGCGAUGGUGACGUCAUUUCAACCAUCGUCAAAAAGUGCUCGCACGCUGCAAACCACACUCGCAAAAGUGCCGAUUUUAUAGCAGUGGCAAUUGUGCAAUCGAUUCAAGACGGAAGUCUUCAAAUUGUGUGCUCCAUACCAAUCGAAAAAAAAACUAAAAAAUCAUCAAUUCUUCCGUGUCGCAGGAAGCUGGAAAAUAAAAUUCAUCCCCAAGAACACAAAAGUGGACCCAGCUCUGUCGUCUGUCUCUUCAAUGGAGUCAUCAUUGUGGCGGAUUCCUUGCGCAGAAAGUUGUACGUCUUCAACAAGAAAUUUGAAUUUCUCAGAUGCUACGACUGUCUUGAAUGCUUUGAAAAUGAUUACGAAAUGAACCAGGGGUCGUUCGUCUUAACUGAAAUCGUCAAAAGUUUCAUGAAUUCCAAAGUUCUGCUGUUGGAUUCGUGUUUGGACUAUAUGAAGCCGCCAUCAUCAUUACCAUCGUCGUCAUCGUCGUCAGUUACAAAAGCAGAUGUUGUUUUAUCGCUGAAGGAAGGCUGUACAAGCACACCCCAAAGAAAAGAACUUGCUCCUAUUCCUCGUUCCCUGCUUGUCAGUGCUCUCUGCUCAGACGGAGAUGGCAAUGUGUAUGUCGGUAUGUCGGAUCGACCCGGUCAAAUAAGAGUGUUCAACGUGAAUGCAGGUGUGCAGGUUGCUAGCAUGGAAAACACUCGACUACUAUCAUGCGACAACUCCUCUUACGUCGCCAUGACGUCAUCCGGUGAUUAUUUAUUGCUUUUGUUGAACUACAACAACAAGAUGGCCGCCGAUGAUGACGUUGAUGAAGAUGGCGGGGGUGGUGGGGAUAGUUCUGUCGCAUCUCCAACUUGGGCUGUUCAUGUUUUCAAAUGUUCAUCAGCGGAUGGAAGGGGCGAUAGAAAAAAAUAUCCAUAGUUACCGCGGAAAUUGUGAAGAUGGUGCUGAAGUUGAUGGAUGGGGAUGCCGUUGAUGGUUUGGUUGGGGGUCGUAUCAAACAAUUUUGCAGGUCUAAUGUUUUUGAAGAGUCGCACGAAUGUUUUGAAACGGAAAAUUAAUGACAAUGUUUUUCAAUUGUUUAAUUGGUGGUGAUUAACUUUUUAGAGGCCCUUGAUUUGUGCAAAAAAA